UUUGCUGGAGGUUCCCUCUGUGCUCGCUACUCGUGCUCCUAUGCCACCUGCUGCACCGACCCCUUCUCGCUCGAGUGCUCCGCCGCUCUUGCCCACUCCUUCUGGAGGCUCAGGUCGCCCCCAUCCACAUUGCGACUACUGCAACAAUGAUGUUCAUCUUGAGUCUCAGUGCUACACGAAGAAGAAACACCUGCGCAAGGCGCGAUCAUCAUCUUCAGGGACUUCGUCAUCUACCUCGACAACUUCAGCCAUUACUUUGACUGAGCAGGAUAUUCUGAGACUUAAGCGUCUGCUCGCGGCUUCAGGUUCUUCCUCGACGGGUACUGCUGGUUCUGUGACUGAUGCUUCCCGCACUGAGCAAUCACCCUCUACACAGUCAGGACCGUCGCACGCACACUCUGGUUGGGGCUGGCCCUCGCCGCCGUGAUUCUCAGGGUCUUUGGGAGUUGGACUGGCUUCAUGUUCCUUCUGCUGCCACCACUAUCGCCAGUUCCUCCGCUUCAGUCGCCUCUGUUACUGGUUCCUUCAAGCAGUGGCAUCAUCGACUUGGUCAUCUGUGUGGUUCUCGGUUGUCGUCUUUAGUUCGUCGAGGCCUUCUGGGGUCUGUCUUAGGAGAUGUCUCUUUAGAGUGUCAGGGUUGUCGUCUUGGCAAGCAGAUUCAGUUACCAUAUUCACAUAGUGAGUCAGUGUCUAAGCGUCCUUUUGAUUUAGUCCAUUCUGAUGUAUGGGGUCCGAC